AUGUCACCAGGAAGAUAUAAUACAUUUCAAUCACAUCCAUCUUCAAUGUCUAACAUUUUGUUUUCAGAAAGUUUGUCAUGUCCCGACGACUGGGUGACUUUCUCGGGUCACUGUUAUUGGUUCGUGUAUAGAAAUGUGACAUGGAAUAUUGCAAAGAAAAACUGCCAACAAAAAGGUGGUUAUUUGGCAACGGUUGACAGUGUAGCAGAGAACUCAUGGUUAAUUUCUAAAUUGCAAGCUGAAGUAUGGAUAGGCCUGAACGAUAUCGAGACGGAAGGACAGUGGAGGUGGACGUCUGACAAUACUGCAAUAUCCACUAGUUACUGGCAGUAUCCGGAGCCAAAUGGCGAAAGGACAGAAAACUGCGUGAACUUUUGCAAAAAGACAUGUCAACAGAAGGUUUAUGGAUGGAAUGAUCUCCCAUGUGACUAUCCAACAGGAUAUGUCUGUGAAAAAACAACCUUAAACUAUUACAAAUAA